AGCUUGUUUCCAGCCCCAGAUUAUCCACAAGCGCAAAAGCAGAAUAGGCGUUGGGGUAGGUCACCAGUACCACCAUUGUUAUUAGGUUCCCAUAAGUGAGGAGAUUACUUGGAGAGAACUCGUCGCCUAGCUCGUUGUAUUGUUCACCGACAGUUGGGUACCUAUGCGGCCAGAUAAUCAAAGACAAGAGACCAUGGAAGUGGAAGGAAUUAUAAUGCCUAGGGUCUAUUACAAUGCACGACGAAGAGAGAGUUGUUCCGUCAUGCUAGAUAGGUAACUACAGGGCACGCACGGUUGGCGCAGACAAGCGGUGAGAAACGGGUAGGCUAUACCUACCUGUCUCUUGGUAUUGCUAUAUUGUAUAGCACGCGAUAUUUAUAAGCCGAAGUCGUAGGGAUUGGUACAUGCUGGGUACAGCUGUACAUGGUGACAUUGGGCUUCCCCAAUUCGUUGUGAUCCCGACGCGGAGAUUCAGGCUAUGCGCGUCAUUCCAAUCAAAGGCUUGCUAUGGACGCCGGCAGCUGUCGCAACCAUCUAGGUUAGCGUUCUACAAAAACCAUGUAGCCGAACGAGAUGAUGGUAUAAAUAAAAGGGUCUUAUACUCUCUGUUAAAAUGUUCGUUUGCUCGUUGCAGGCUUUGUUCAACAUCCAGCUUACUUACGUACUAUUAGGCGGGGACGGAACAAAAACGCAAACGCCAUGGCUAGCUGGCAUUCUGUUGGAAUCGCCCUCUUUGCCGCGAUGGGCACAUUUCUCUUCGGUUUCGACACUGGCAUUGCUACGACUACCAUCGCACAUGAAAGCUGGAUUGAUUACAUGCACCAUCCUUCCAAUGGUCUCACGGGAGCAGUGGUGGCCGUGUAUAUCGCGGGCGAGGCUGUUGGUGCUCUGGGUCAAACUUUUAUAGGAGAUAAGCUGGGCCGUAUUCGAUUUAUGCAGCUUUUGUGCGUCAUCGUAACGAUCGGAACGACGAUCCAGACUGCAUCAGUUAACAUCGGAAUGUUCUUAGCGGGCCGUGCCAUCGCAGGCGUCGCCGUGGGAGCCAUGGUUGCUACCGUGCCUAUUUACCUGAGCGAGAUUUCGGCACCCAGCCAGCGGGGUUUGAUUGGGGGAAUAUCAGGAUGUGGUAUCUCCUUCGGUACAAUGAUGUCCAACUGGGUGGGAUUCGCUUGUUCAUACGCACCCUAUGGGGCUACGCAAUGGCGCUUACCCCUAGGUAUUCAGAUCCCCUGGGGCGUGAUCAUGUUCGUGGGUCUAGCGACGUUCAUGCCAGACUCUCCGCGACAGCUUAUCCGCAACGGCAAAGUAGAGGCAGCCCGGCGCGAGUUUAUCAGAGUUCGACGGGACCUUCAGCCUCACGAAGCCCAUGAGGAGUUCGCCUUAAUACAGGCACAGAUCGAGUUUGAAAUGGCACGCGAGAUCAAGACGUACCGCGAGAUCUUCACGUUGUUUGGCCGUCGAGCCAUGGUAUCCAUAGUAGUCCAAACUGGAACCAGUCUGACGGGUAUAAACGUUAUUCAAUACUAUCAGACUUACUUAUUCAAAUCCUUAGGAAUUGAACAGAAGACUAUCCUUGCGUUAGCGGGUGUAUACGGAACAGUUGCCUUCGUCUCAAACUCUAUUACCACGCGAUACUUGACAGAUCAAUGGGGUCGCCGAAAGAUGAUAUUGGCAGGUUUAUCCGGUCUCAUAUUGACAAUGAUAUAUUCCGCCGUGAUGCAGCACGUUUUCCAGGAUAGCGAAAACAGAGUUGGCAAGGGUUUCUCGGUGUUGGGCAUAUACUUAUACGUUGCAUGGUACUAUUCAAUGAUUAACUCCACAACUUGGUUAUACGGUGCGGAAGUCUUGCCGAUUGCGCUGCGCAGCAAGGUGAUGGGUCUUGCUGCAGCUAGUCACUUCAUCGUCAACGUUGCCGUUACAGAAGCCGGUCCGAGCGCCUUUGCUAAUAUUCACGAGAACUACUACUACGUUUUCGUCGGGUGCACACUAAUUUUCCUUAUCAUUGCAUAUUUCUACUUUCCAGAAACACGCCGGAAGACGCUUGAGGAGAUUGCGCAAGCUUUUGGGGAUAAGGUGGUUCUUGUUGACGAGACUCGGAUCGACGGAGAACAAGCUGUUCUAGCAGCACAGGAUGAGGAAAACGGGAGCAUCACGAAGGCAGACGAUAAGGGCCAGGCAAUAGCAUCAACCCCUUCAACUAGCCCUCCAUCGCAUGCCUCCACAUCCUAGUUUAUGCCAUUCUAGCAUUGCGCCACAGACUACACUUAUACGCUGAGGGCUUACAGAUAUUACUCAAUAAUUUGAGUAUGUGUAUAAAGAGGGUCUAUCUCACUAUCUCUAAUUUCCCUCAGCCCCGUAAUCUCAUGGUAUCGUUAACCCCGACCUCUUAUCCUAGUUUAUAUCCAUAUAGGUAUAUUCGGGUCACAUGCUACAACCUACACACGCUGUGUGCGAUUCCUAAGCCAAAUCUAGCCUGUGGGAGAGCCUUAUGUUGGUA